AUGAAGCUGAAAUCGAAGUUGACGGUAUUUCUGUGCUUUACAGCGGCACUGGUGUGGGUGAUAGCGCGGACCGGGCGCGCGAACGGACCGCGUCAUAUGAGCGAGCUAGGAUGGAUCCAGCCUAACGUGUACAGUAAUGGUGACGACGUCAACAUCCUCGUUAACAAGGUGGAGUCGGAUGUGACGCAGUUCCCUUAUAGCUACUACGAGCUCCCCUUUGUGUGUCCCCCCCGCGAGGAGAAGAAGCCGCUCCAUCUCUCGCUUAACGAGGUGUUUCGCGGCGACCGCAAAUGGGAGAGCGACUACAAGCUCAAAUUUGGCGAGGACCAGCCAUGCGUGCGUCUGUGCGACCGCAAAACGCAACCCGAAGGUCUUCGCAAGGCUGACGAGCUCAUCCGGCAGCGCUACAUUGCGCAAUGGCUAAUCGACGAUGAGCUGCCCGCUGCAACCACAUUUAUUUCCAAACGCGACCAGAAAAAGUACUAUGCCGCCGGAUUCCCGUUGGGGUACGUGGACACGGAUUCGAACAAGGCGUUCUUGUACAACCAUGUCUCGCUCGUUGUUCGCUACCACACAAUUGAUAUCAACAAACAUACCAUCGUCGGAUUCGAAGUUUACCCCAAGUCUGUCUCUGACUACCACUGCCCUGGGUUCUCUGAGGAAUACGAAGGCUAUGAACUAGAUACCGACGCUUCAGAAGUUACCUAUAUUCCCUUCACAUACGCUGUAUUUUGGCGUGAGGAGUUCAAAGUCGAUUGGGCUCAUCGCUGGAAGUUCUUCAUGAAUAGUGACGUCUCACGCGAGAAAUCCAGCCAAUUUCAUUGGAUAUCCCUCACGAACAGCGUCAUUGUCGUUGCACUCAUGACAUCUUUCCUGGCGCUCAUUUUAACUCGCGUACGGUCAGAUGACAAUGCAUACUCUGUUGCUGCGACGUGGUUGAGCGAAAAGUCCCCAUUACUUGGCCAUCUGAACUUGUUUACCUCCAUGGGCAUCCAGUUUUUAUUUACUGUGUUAGGUUCACUAAUCAUAUCAUGUUCUUUGAACAAACUGCAUAACGUGCGGAAUUCCGUACUAUCCAUGGCAUUGGUGUUUUUCAUCCUUGGUGCCUACGGUGCUUCCUUCACAGGUUCUUUGCUUUCCGCCGGAUUAUUUACCAACUUUGGGAUAUCCGUGUUGUAUGGAUCUGGGUUGCCUGCUUUCACCCUCUGCAUAGUUUUGAUUCUCAACUGUAUUGUUUGGGCUAAGGACUCUACAAACGCAUUACCCUUUGGUACAAUUGUGCUACUGAUAGCUAUAUACUUCGUGGUAUGCGUGCCUCUCUCGGUUUUGGGUGCAGUGAGUGCCAAGAAACUCAGAAACGAUUUUUCUAAGCAAGUUAUACUUGGUGACACCAAGCCCUCUCGGUUUUUCCUUUUAAACAUGAACUAUAAUUCCGACUUUUCUAGUUCUUCAAUAGAGAGCAAUAAGACUGCCAUUAAAAAUACCCCAUUCAUAUUGCGCAAUCCAAUACUUCUGACGUUAAUUGCAGGUGCUCCACCUUUGACAGUAAUUUAUGUUGAACUUUUGUUCGUUUACAAAUUCUUAUGGUUAGAGAAAACCUCUUUCUAUUAUCUCUGUGGAUUUCUGCUUGCCAAUAUCUUCCUUCUUUGCAUCAUAGUUUGCGAAAUUUCUAUGAUUGUGUGCUAUUUACUAAUGAUUCAUGAGCUACCAGACCUAUGUGGAAGCACUUCACGCACGGGUGAGCCCAAGAAUUUAUCGAUCUCAUGGAAAACUUCUUUCUCUCUGUCCGGAUUGAGGUUAUUAUUUGAAGAAGUAAGAAAUUCAGUUGUCUGGCAUUUUGAAGGAGCUUUUUCAACUUGGAGGUGGAAAACUUUUCAAGCUGGUGGUAGUGUCGCGUGGUAUUUCGAGUUGUACUCCCUGUAUUAUUUGGUGUUCGUGCUUCAUUUGAGAGAUUUUUCUUCCAUUUUAUUAUUUGUCUGUUACACCGCUCUUUUUAAUAUUAUGUGCUGGUGCGCAUUUGGUGCCCUGGGUUACCUUUCCAGUUGCUGGUUUUUGAGCCGCAUUUGCAACUCGCGGAAAGUUCUUUAG